AUGCUCCUCCCCUCUACAUGAUCUUUUUUCGUACUCACGCCAAUCUUCGAAAUCCUCCAGUACAUAAUAACAAAUUCAAAAGGGAGAAGAAAUGGCAUGGUCACUAGUUUGUCCCGCAAACCGAGGAAUUGGUUUCUAUUUAACUCGACAUCUCCUUCAAAACACACAACUUCCCGUCGUGGCAACGUCGAGGAAAGAUAUUGAAGGAGCGAAGAAAUCUAUUUUGGCAGACUUGGAUGUUGAUCCCAAGAGAUUGACGGUAUUAGAAGUCGAUGUCACGAAUGAAUCCACCAUCUCCUCGGCCGCAGAAAAAUGUUCAUCUCUCUUCCCCUCCUCAUCCCAUCAUCUCCGUCUCGCCUUUUCCAUCCCCGGUAUUCUCUACCCUGAGAAGUCGCCCGCCCAAUUAGACCAAUCCCAAAUCCAACACACCUUCGCCGUCAACACCAUCGGCCCCCUCCUCCUCACCAAACACUUUUCCCCCUUCCUUCCCCCAAAACGUCUGGAUCUCUCUUCCUCCCCCGACACCAAAAAUCUUCCGCCCCACGCCCUCUGGCUCAACAUGUCAGCUCGCGUAGGUUCCACCUCGGAUAAUGCACUCGGGGGAUGGUAUAGUUAUCGCGCUUCGAAAGCAGCGGUGAAUUCUCUAACGAAGACUUUUGAUCUUUUCUUGAAAACGAGACAUGGGGAUAAUGCGCUUGCUAUUUCGUAUCACCCGGGAACGGUGAAGACGGGCUUGUCAAAGGAGUUUUGGGGAGGUGUCAAGGAGGGCAAAUUGUUUAGUCCCGAGUUUGCGGUUGAGAAGUUGUGGGAUGUUGCAAUGGCGAAGGGGAUUGAGAGUAGAGGGCGUUGUUGGGAUUGGAGGGGUGUCGAAAUUUCCCCUUGAGAAAGUGUGAAGGGCAGUGUGGGAGGUUGUCUGACUUUUAUUGUGAAGCUAGCCCCAUUUCUUGAUGCUGGUACAUGACAGUUUCUCACUCUUGUACUAUUAAUAUUUCCUACGUUGUAUGACUUACGACACUUCAGCAUUGAUUGUCACUUUGAAGCGCGAGCACCUUUAUUUUUCAUUGAUGUAUUCAUGUCUACCUUUUCAUAGAUUUUUUGAGCAAAUAUUAU